AUGCUGCAGGAUCUCCAAGAUUCGCCUUUCCGCGGCAUGGGAUUGCCCAGCCGCGAGGAGAUCGACGCGGUAUUGAAGGUCCAGAAGAAAGAUGACAGCAGCGUGACGGCGAAGAUCCAGGGCAAGCAAUCGAAUCCGUCUUCUGCGCAUGCCGGCGAGCCCCACGGAAGCCCACGGUGGCCCGUCCACAGAGGCGAAAUAUCGCCAGAAGGGGUCGGUCCGGGCGGACGGAUGUGGCUCGAGCUCGGACGUUAUGCAACAUACGUCGAUGUGGCCUUGGGCCUCACAAGGCACUGGACUCUGAACAAGCUCCAGUCGAUGGCAGUCUUGCUACCAGCGGCGUUCCUCGACUGGAAAAACAUGAUCAUGCUGGUUAUCGACGAGAUCAGCCAGGUGGGCGGUCUCACGCUCGCGGCGGUGGACAGCCGCCUGAAGCAGUACAGAGACGACCAGCAUCGACCGUUCGGCGGGAUCCCAAUGGUCAUGUUCUUUGGUGACUUCUUCCAGUUCGACCCCGUCCUGCAGACCAGCCUCCUCUUGCCAACGCCUAGGGACCCCGGUGGACAGAGACCGGACAGCUCGGCAAAGCACUUAGCAGCGCAUAAGCUGUUCCUCCAGUUCGCGAACGUCGUCAUCCUCCGCGAACAGGUCCGCGCGGCCGGCUGUGCAAGGCUGCGGGGCUUCCUCCGGCGCCUGCGCAGUGGGGAGCAGACAGAGCUGGACUUCCAGCGGCUGAGCCAACGCCUCUAUACACCGUCGUGCAAGUACUCCUUCGUAGAUGGCCUGAGAGCCAUCACGCCUCUGAACCAAGACCGGUGGGACCUGAACAUGGCGGCCGUCGUCCAGUGGGCUCGUGCCCACGGUAAGCACAUCUCAGUCUUUGCGGCCAAGCACGAUACUGAGUCGGGGAAGCGAUUGAGUGCGGGGGACCUAUGCCACGUGCUCCGCUACGGAGACGACUCGCAGCUGCCGACCCCCGGCCUGUUCUUCUACGCCCAAGGGAUGCCGGUAGUGGUGACUCGGAACCAGUUUGUCGGGCUAAAGGUGGUCAACGGGGCACCUUUCAAGGCCGUCGACAUCUUCCCCGACCUCGCAGCCGGCACCAUCGCGCUCGCCAACGACGUGACUCUCCAUCUCGGGCCACCCGUGGCCGUCCUCCUCGAGUCGGAGGAUACCGCCGGUCUGGCCAUUCCCGGGCUCCCGAACGGCACCAUUUUAAUCAAGAGCAAGACGGUCGCCAUCCCGAGCCAAAUGCGGGGCAAAGAAGGCAGAUGGAGGGGCAAGCCAGGUUUCAGGUGGGUUACCCACCGAACGGGGCCUCUCUGCACGCCGGCCUUCGCCAUGACAGAUCAGAAGAGCCAAGGCAAGCAGUUCUCCAACGUCCUCGUCAACCUCAAAGGCGUCCACUCCAGCGGUACAGCGACUCGACCCAGCUUCAUGAGCUUGUACGUGCAGCUGUCGAGGGCGCAGAGCUGGGACGGGCUGCAUCUGUUUCGGAAACCGGCGCGUGGCGACUUUAUCGAGCCCAAGAAUGUGCUCGACAAAGACAUGAGGGAGGCCAUCCUCAAGCUGGAACGACGGGGCGAGGAGACCAGGCGGCGGUUCGAGCAAGACCACAGGUCCGAGCCGUGGUUUCAAGAAUGGGAGGCCAUGCCUGAAUCUGGCCAGGGUACUGAAACCGAUGACGUAGAGGACGCGGCGCUCUGGCGAGACCCUGGGGUUUCCGAGCUCAGAUCGUAG